GUUGAUUGCCGCCAUUACGCUGUCAAAUAUGUUCAGUUCAAUAACCAAUAAAAAUUGAGCUUUUUCAAAUUUAACAGGAAGUCGAUCGUCCAACAGAAAACUAGUGGCAUCUGAUUUUGUUUUCUCGUCGUAUUAUGGCUCAAAAUAUUAAUCCUCAUUACGCUUCAUCGUCUAACCCGUCGAAACAAAACGAGGACACGAUAAAGCUUAAAGACAAUCAUGCAGUCAGCAAAAGACUUCAAAAAGAGCUGAUGGAACUUAUGCGAUGCGCUGACAAAGGUAUAUCAGCGUUCCCCGAAUGCGAGAACCUGUUCAAAUGGAUCGGGACCAUCAACGGUCCCCAGGACACCGUUUACGCGGGACACAAGUACAAAUUAUCGUUGGAGUUCCCCAAUUCGUACCCGUACGCGCCUCCAGUAGUGAAGUUUGUAACCCCGUGCUUCCAUCCAAACGUGGACAUGUGCGGAUUAAUAUGUUUAGAUAUUUUAAAGGACAAGUGGACGGCUCUGUAUGACGUCCGCACUGUUUUAUUGUCAAUCCAAAGUCUGCUGGCAGAACCCAACGUCCAGAGCCCCCUGAAUCAGCAGGCGUCGUACCUCUGGUCGAACCAGGCCGCCUAUAAAAAAUACUUAGACGAAUUUUACAAUAAACACAAAGACUCAUAGUUGAAUAGUGGUUAUUGUCUUAUUACAUUUUGAAUUGCGUUGUAUUUUGUGUUGUGAAUGUUCCGGUAUGUUUGUAAUGGGACUGGGAGUGAAUGGGCCUUAACUAAUUGUACAUAGAAAUGAAUUAAAUCAUGUCCUUGCAUUGUUAAGUUUUGCGUCUAUAAUCAUGUCCAUUGUGCCUCAUCGGCAGGCACAAGUUGGGUACUAUCUAGAUCAAUCUGAGCAUAAAAUUUACUGUUUUUAAAUUAUAUCUUAUUCUAAUAGAUAAAAUUAAAUAAUUCAAUAUCAUUGUUAAAACAUUUGCUUUCAAAAUAGGCAUAUUUCUAUCAUCAUAAUUAAGUAAAGAUAUAAUAUUAGCGAUAUAUUUUUGUAGGUAAAUAUUUGAGAGGUAUAUAAAAUAUGCUUUCCGAUUACACGUGCAGCCAUCGCUCCCUGUCCCAGCGGUUUGAAUAGCAAGAUGGAGUUUAUAUAUUGAGAGAUCACUGACAAUUAUAAUUCUUUAGUGCAAUUGA